AACAAAAAGGACACACAUUUACAAGCCGACUGGACUGCAACGAACUCUCGGCCGCAGCCUAUAACAAGUAUCCGAAUAGAUACAUUCUAGUCCGCUCGUUUUCCUCUCCUUGGCAGCUCAAGAACUCGUCGUCAAUGCACAGGGCAGGUACACAAUUAAAUAGCAGAUGUGGAGGUGCCUAGGAUGCUUCGGGGUGUCGCCUGGACCACAGAACCACGACAACUCGUCGCAUGGAGCGACCGAGCGCCAAACUCCGGUCGCGGCCGCCUCAGAAUAUAGCCAUGUUAAAUCUGGAAAGGACGCGCUGCAGCUGGAUGCAGCGCCAAGGCAUCGAUGCUUCGCUAACGAUGCGACGCUGACGCUGUUGGUCGACACUUCUGCCCCCGUUACCGGCGCGGCGCUUGAUGUGACACCAGCAGCGCCUCCCCGCCUUUCGCUUAUGGGGGGCACCGCCGCAGGGCGGACAGGCGCAAGCCUUCUUCCCAGCCUGAACAGUGCGCGACCAGAGCUUGCAGCGCUUUCCAUGCUCUCGGGCCAGAAUUCGUUUAGCCGCUCUCUCGUUUGGGGGCCAAGCAGCAUUGCCAUGGACCAACUUUCCAUGCCUGUGAACAGCCAGUCAGGCACCUUCACGCUCAUGAGCGACGCACGGCUCUCUAUGUCGGGAGCUGAGCGGCAGCCCAUGCACUCGGACAUGGGCUUUCCGCAGCAGUUGCCAACGCUCACGGUGAAGCUGUCCAGCUUUGAAGAUCUGCUGGCUGCGGUGUCAGACCACGUCUGGGUUGGACAGGGCGCACAGGGUGCCGUGCUACGAGCUACAUGGCGAUCCGGCUGCACGGUCGCUGUCAAGUGGCUUGUAACCGAUGCUGUGGACGUGCCUGCGGCGUACAUGGAGGCCCUGCUGGCCAAGAUGCUCGCGCACCCCUACCUGGUGCAAACCUUUGAGUACGGCAUGGCCGCACUCAACGACAACUUCGAUCGGCACCGUAAGCCCCUGGCCGGCAUGGACGUGCGCACCCUGGCGUCGCCCUCGCCGCUGCCGCCCGGCACAGCCCCCGCCUCCGCCUCUGCCUCCGUGUCAGUGCCCAGCGGCGCGCCCGACCACCGCCAGCUGCUGCAGCAGACCCGCUACCGGGCCGUGCAGCCGCACGCGGCCGCGCCGGCGCACAGCGUGUGCGGCGAGGACCGCUGCCUCACGCAGCGGCCGCAGAACGAUGUCUCGGACGAGCCCGCUGCCAGCAACGGCAGCAAGGACGCCUGCGGCGGCCGCAGCAGCGCCGGCGGCAUGGCGGACUGCAGCACCGGCGGCUUCGCCACCGGCAGCCGUCUCAGCUCCGUCGUGUCCGUGCACACCGCAGCGAUGGCGGUGGCGGCGGCGCACGCCGCCGUCGCGGCCUACGCGGGCAGCAGCGCCUCGCCAUUCGCCUCCUCGCAGCUGUUUCCGAUGGCGGCGUCCGGCAGCUACGCGGCCGGCCCUGCGUCCAUCGCCACGCAUGCGGCGCUUGCACAGCACGCUGUGGCGCAGCAGGUGCCCGUUGACCCCUCGGUCACGCACCACCGCCACAAGCAGGAGGCGCGGUCGUCUUCGCCGGAUGCGCCCGCCACGCCGCCGCCAUUGGAGUGCGGGGGCGCCGGCGGGCACACAGACGGCAUGUUGGGCGCGGCCGAGCACAGCCGGCACAACGGCACCGGUGGUACAGCAGCCAUGCCGUUGAGCUCGGCCUCGCCCUUACCGCAGCUGGCGGCUUACACGCACCCCCAGCAUUCACAGCAGCAGCAGCAGCCGCAACAGCAGCAGUCACUGCCGCAGCUGCAUGGACAGUACAGGGCGCCUGUGAGCGGCCAGCACCAGCAGACACAGCACACCCCGGCUGACUUGUCUCGUGUGUCGUCCAGCGAGGAUAGCUUUGAUGGCAGCUCAAGCCGGCUCACACACGGCUCCAAGACCCCAUCCGUGGACUGCGUGGAUGUGCUGAAGCAGCUGGGCGCGGCGCCGGGCAAGUACGUGGUGCAGAUCGUGAGCGAGUGGUGCGACGAGGGCACGCUGCACGCCGCCGUCCGCAAGGGCGUGUUCAGGGCGCAGCCGCAGCACGGCCGCUCGCGGACUUGGGCGCUGCGGGCACUGCUACGAACGGCGCGCGAGGUCGCCUUGGGUAUGUGCCACCUGCACUCACUCAACAUCAUUCACGGCGACCUUAAGCCUGGCAACGUGCUGCUCAAGAGCAGCCGCGUGGACUCGCGCGGCUUCGUGGCCAAGGUCGCGGACUUCGGCCUGUCACGCCUGCUGUGCGGCCAGAAUGACGGCUUCGUGCCUACGGCCGACUGGGGCACAGUGCCGUACAUGGCGGGCGAAUACCUGGACAACAAGCUGUGCAAGAGCUCGGACGUGUACUCGUUCGGUGUGCUGCUGUGGCAGAUGUUCACCGGCAAGGCGCCGUUCGCGGGCCACCACGAGGCGCAAGUGGCUGUGGGCGUGAUGACCGGGAGCCUGCAGCUCGAGUGGCCGACCAACAUGCCGCCGCCCCUGGCACGCCUGGGCCAGGCCUGCUGCCGCCACGAGCCCGAGCAGCGGCCCACGUUCAAAGAGGUGGCAGUCGCGCUGGCUGGCAUCGAGACGCAGGUCCGCGAGGCGCACUCGCGCGCCAAGGCGCUCCGCCGCAUCGGCGGCGAGCACCCGGCGCCCGGCGGCCACCCCGCCGCCGUCGGCUCCGCCUCCGCCGCCUGCACCGCCGGCUCCGCCCUGGCUGCCUCGUACGGUGGCGGCUACCCCGCCCACGCCAGCCCCGCAGUGCUGCUGCCCCCGUUCGGCUCGGUGCCGCCAUCCAUGCUGCCGCCUUCGCCGGUCGUGCGGAGCGGCAACGUCAACGCAGCGCACCCAGUCUUCGAGGGGGUGCUUCCGGACGGCCCGGGCCUGGGUCUCGGGCUCAACAGCCACCAGCUGCCCACGCUGCCCGCGCACACGCUUCCCAUCCCCGGCAGCUUCAGCAUGGUGCUGGGCCCGGCCCACAGCCUGCCGUACCAACUGCCGCAAGCCAGCCCCAGCGGCGCGGCCGGCGGCGCGGCCGGCGGCAUGGUCGGUAACGCCGUCGGCAGCGCGGUUGGCAGCGCGUCCGCUGCCUCCGCUGGCGUCUGCGGCAUGAAUGGCAUCGGCGGCGGCAUCAACGGCGGCAACACGCCCGCCACCGCGUUCGCGGCGCACGUGUCCGCUGUUGGCGCAGCCAGCGUCACCACGGGAGGCACGGCCGGCGGCCACUCGGCAGCUUACCUGCUCGGCGGCAUGCAUGGGCUGCCAAGCACGUAUGCCGCUGGCGGCGCGCUGGCCGUACCGUCCUCUUCGACGCUACCCUCCGCCGCCAUUCCGUCAGCUGCCAGCGGCGUGGCCGCGCCUAUGGCACCCACGGCGCCAGCGGGCUGGAUGCUGGAGUCGGCGAGUCACCUGGAGGCGGCCAUGGCUGCGGCCGCGGCUGCCGCUGCGGCCGGGGCGCCAGCCGCAUCCGGGUCCUCGGGCGCCGGGGUAAUGCCCAUGGUUGUUGCAGCAGGCACCGCGAUGGCCGCUGCUGCUGGCGUGGCGAGUGCGGCUUCCAGCCACGCUGCAGCUGUCCGGACCAUGAGCUUGGACCUGGUGCCGGCUCAGGAGGGCAGCCAGGAUGCGGCGUCGUCGCUGCAGACCGCCAUUUCGUGGGCGGAGGCCGGCAGCGCCUCGCCGACGCACCACAAUGCCAACGGCACCGCGCGGCUGCUACAGCCAGUCAGCGCCUCGCCGCCGCAGCACCUGCAGCAGUACACCGCGGUGCCGCCUGGGGCCCUGCCGCUCAUGCCAGGGCUGCAACCUCUGCCAGCAGCGACGGCCGCGGCUGCCCUGCAACAACAGCAGCAGCAGCAGCAGCAGCAGCAGCAGCAGCAGCAGCAGCAGCAUGUGGCUUACGGCCUGCCGUACCGGUAUCCAUCCAUGUACGGUCCGGUGCCCCAACAGGCCAGCCCGCCUCUGGCACGGGGCCCCAGCGGCUCCCGCCUGGCGCGCGCCAGUGUGGAGAUGCCACUGCCUGUCCCGCCGCCCGCGGCAGCCGCUGGCCCUACCACUGGCGGUACUGGUGCCGGUGCGGCUAUCGCUGCCGCGGUUGUGGCGCCGGCAGGCAUGCCCGUGCCGCAGCCACAACUGGUGUCGCAGCAAUGGCAGAUGCCUGGUGCGGCGCCAGCCAGCACGGACAUCGCUAGCGGCGACAGGCCGCAGCAGGUGCCGCAGGCGCAGCCGGGCACGGCGGUGCCGUACUACACCUACGUUUACACGUACCCGGCCGCGGCGCCGCUGCCUCUAGCCCCGCUGCCCGUGCCGGUGCCUGUACCGCCACAGCUGCCGCCGCCGCCGCCGCCCAACGACCUCCUGCCCGCCGUUUCUUCCUCGGUGCUGAGCGCCUCUGUGGGCGCAAACGCCAUCGGCAGUGCGGGUGCAAUAAUGCUGGCCAGCCCGACGGCCAGAGCCGUCGGCGCAACCACUCCGACGGCUACAACUUCAACAGGCGCAAUGGCAGUCGUGGCGCCAUCGGGCUUCCAGCAAGCCGCACGGCCGCAGCAGGGUUUGUUGGGUGGCGCCGGCGAGGGUGUCGACGCCGGCGAGGGUGCGAGCCUCAGCGGCGGCGCGUGUGGUGCCGCUGGCGCGUCUAAACCAUCGACCGUCGCUAGCCUGGGCAUGGGGGGCAUGGGCACGGUCUUGGCUGGCAUCGCUACGGCGUUGGGCGGCGACCGCUGCAAUGCGGCCGCUGCUGCGUUGCCCGGCCACAAUGCCGCCACCGGCGUCACCGAUCCCGUCAGCUCAACGGCGGCUGCCGGAGACGCGGCCGCGCCGUCGGCGUGUCCAGACACCAGCAGCAUCUGCUCCAGCAACGCCGUGGCGCUGGGCAGCUCGCAGGCGGCGCUCCACAGCAUGGGCGUUGCAGGGCCCGGGGCUGCGGACGCGCACAGCGGCGUUCCGGCGCAGCGCUCCUCACCGCAGGAGGGGCAGCUGGACAUCUCCUUGGGUCGCAUGGGCGGGUUGGUCGCGGACGCUCUGCGGUCGCUAGAGUGCAAUGCUGCUGCGGCCGAGCCGCCGCCGGCUGCCGAGAGCAACACCAGCCGUGAGCAGGAGCCGUCGCUUUCCUUCCCGCUUGCGCCGGUCGUGCAUUCCGGAGCCCAGCCAUACCAGCCGCUGUUUGUUCCGCCGCGCACUGGUAGCAGCGGCGGCGUGGUGAGCACACUGCAGCUGGUGGCGGCUGCUCCCGAUGGCGGUGGUGGCAGUGGGCCUGUCGCCGAGGUAGGUAUGGGCCCCAGCACACCGUCACACCAGCAGCAGCUGCAGCACCACCACCAGCAACAGUGGCAGCAGCAGAUCCAAUACCAGCAGCAACUGGUGAUGCAGCAGCAACAGCAGCUGCAGCAGCAGCUGCAACAGCAGCAACAGCAGCUGCAGCACGACCAGCUGCAGCUGCAGUACGACAAACGGCUGCUGCAACAACAGCAACAGCAGCUCCUGCUUCAGCGACAGCAACAGCAGCUGGCGCCGGUGCUGCGCCGCUCCUUAACGACCGGCGCUCGGCGACGGUCGCUCACGGCGGCGGGCAUGAGCAGCGCCGCCGCCGCCGACGAUGACGACGACUUUGCGCCGGGGCGGCGGAGCAUGGACGAGGCCGCAGCCCUGUGGCGACUGGCGAACUUCGGCCGCCACGGCAGUGACGGAGCGCGUGGCCCACGUGCGUUGACCGGAGCAACCCUGACCUGGGCUUUGCCCGCUGCAGCGUCCGGCAGCCGCCCGCAGUCCUUCCACCUGCUGCCCGCCGGGCCUGCAGCAGGCCAGGUCUCGUCGCCGUCGUCCGCGGGCCGCCUGCAACCGCUGCAGCAGCCGCACCAGCAGCCGCACCUGCAGCACCAGCAGCAUCAGCAGGCGGAGCACCUCAGCUAUGGCCAGCAGCAGCCUCCCGCGUCGGCGUCGCCGUCGGCUGCGACGCACAUGCUGCUGGCGCAGCGCAGCAUGGCGGCUGGCGCGAUGCAGGCGGCAUUUGGGCUUCCAGGCUCAGCACGCAGGCCACGCACCGCCCACGCCAUGGGCGCCGGCAGCGCCGUGGGCGGCCUGCUGUCGGCCUCCCCUAGCGCGGGCCGCCGAAGCAGCAUCAACCUAGUGGGCAGGGCCGGGCAGGGCUCGGCCGCGGACGGAAAGGGGCCCGGCGGCAGCCCCUUGUUUUCUUUGAUGAUGGCGAUUCCACUAGCGCCGCUGCAUGAGGCUUCUGAGAGCCCUGCGGGGCCGGACGGCGUGCUCGGCGAGUGACGGCAGGGCGACACGGUGUGCGAACGAGUAAGGGAGAGUGGGGCACGUUUUCGGUCUGGGCAGGGCACGGUGAUCUCCCCCUGACGUUUCGUGACUGGGAUGCGUGCGGCGCCUUACCGCUUCAGGCCAGCAGUGGAGUGUGAGGGGUAUGGGGUGUGAGCAAAGAGUUGGUGGGGGAAACUCGACUGAAGAAAGGGAGCGGCGGACAAGAAAUGGAGAGGCUUCCAAGGAGCGCCCAUGAGCUGGUGAUAGCGAUAUCACACCUCAAAGGAGACAUACAUUCACGCAUGCCGUCUUGCAAACAGUUACCCUUGCGGUGUCUGUUGAGUUUUUGACAUUCUAAGGGAUGGAGAGUGGCAGUCGUGGAAGUCUGCGUGUGCCAAGUAGAGGACCCCAGCUGAAAUGGGGCCCAAUCUUGUACCUGGGGUUGUCAUAGGGCAUUCGUACAGGUUGGCGUUGGGUACAUUGCGGAUCUUUCCUUGCGCCGGGACUUUGCCCGAAGCUGGGGCUUCUUUCUACUGUUUCUUCAUUCCGCACGUGCACUUGGACUAUGAGUUGCAUUACUAAAAACCAUUCUUAUUUGGGAUCACCGCACGGGAUCACCGCUACUCGGAGGAAAUAUGCAGCUUGGUGGUACUGUGAUUGCACAUUUGCCUGGAGCAUUGUUGGUUGGCGUCGGGGCUGCCGCCGAUGACUUGGGCUCGCUGAAGGCCCUGCCGCACGCAGGGCUGCAAUGCUCAGGUCACAGCGAAGCAGGUGACGGUCAAGCACACACGCACACACGCGGGCCGACGCCAAUGUACGGUAUAGGUUAUUGUGACCGGCACGGCCACACUGCACAACCUGCGUGGCAAGGAAGAAGGGCAGACGCUGCUUGAGCGCGCAAGGAGCGGUGGGCACGUAGUACGCCAGUCAGGGCUUCCCUGUGGCGGUGGCUUUGGUACUUGAGCAUAAGGUGCUGUUGCCCAACGCACGUGCAGAAGGAUGCUGGGGCAGGUGAAUAAGGAUUGACGUUAGCCCCCCGUGCUGGCGCUAGGACCGUUGCCGGGAGGUGUUGGCUGGCAGCGGGCACAUUGUUUGCCUUGGGUUUGUCCUAUCUAUAUGAUAGACAGGUGGCAGACUACAAAAGCUGCUAACCGCCAAACUAUCCGGAUGCAAGUACUCGUGUAUGCCGUAGUAAGCAUUUGAGCACGGGACUGCGCAAAGUAAAGACUGCGGUUGAGAGAAAGUACGAUGGCCAUACGGUUUUCGGGGCAUGGAAUGGUUGUGGUUGGGGCUUUGGAGGGCCACCUAUUGAUGCCAGCAUAGGAUGUCGUCGAACGGCAGCAUGAUCCCGUGCUCUCGCCUGGGCCGUUGUCAAGCAUCGCUUGCUGAUUGGUGUUCGGUUGAUAUUUGCUAGGCAGGGGCAGGUGGCCUAAGUGGUGGGGCAUUGCCGUGCGUAUGCGUGGCAUCGCAAUGCUCCCACGACCGCCGCGGGUACAGUAGGGGAGCUUGUUUGGGAUUGUAACGGCAUGUACAGGGAUUAAUUGGGUUUUCUUUCACAUACGGUUUUUGAAUGGCCAAGCCACUUGUGCGCAGUGGGGCUGCUGGGCUUUGCCAAGCAACACGCCUCGCGGCUUGGGCACCAAAGCGGGCGGCUGGCCUUUGUGUCUUGGGAAUGUUUUUAAGUAAAGGAGGUGUGGAUGGUGUGGUGUGGUGGCAUAUUCGCGUGUUUUUUGGUGUGUCGGCCGGAGCGAGAAGCGACCUCGCGAGUCCAUGCCAUGGACUCCAUCUUGACUUUCGCGAGGUCAGCUGCAGCGGCAAGGGUGUUGAGAGGUUUACCUUGCUGUCUGGUUGGCCUGCUGCCUGGUUGGCCUGCUGCCUGCUGCACUAGUGCUUGAUAGCUGGGCGCGACUGGGCACAUAUGGCGGGCGGUGCCUGUACAAACCGACCCCGGCUAUGUCCGGGAGAUGAGGCUAGUAUCGGAACCUUCGGCCUCAGACGGAGGACGUGGCGUGGGCUCAGCCCACUUUUCCCUUGCGAGGGAGAGCCACCUUUUCUUGUCGGUGUGUCCUUCCUUUUUUCUCUCUCACUUUCAGGUAGUAACUUGUGAGUGUGUUCUUCAGCCAGCGACUAGGGUCUUGCAAACCCGGGGCUGUCAGGGCUGCGUGUGCGGAUGGAUUCUUUUUGCAAACUUUAGGUGGGUUCGGCCUUACUUGAGAGCAUAAGAGCUACCCCAACCAAAACUGGCACGUAUGCUCAUGUCAACUGCGUCUUAGGUUGUGUUGUUGCUGUGCAUCCGUUGGGGCCAUUACGCGGCCCAGUGGCGUGGGGGGAUUGGUGAGGAAAGUCUCGAAGUGGGACUAUGUCUCACCGUGAGAGCCUUCAAGGGCAGGGGACGUUUCGUUUUCUUUCGUUUGAUUAUUGUAAGUAAAGCAGUUAUGUGUUGUUUUAUGCGUGCAGAUGCGCAUGAUUUCGUUCUGUGGUCAGCCCCUUUUCCCGCGACUGGGGAAACACUUGUGACCGGGAAACACUUGUUAGUCUGUGAAACUUGUGGCUGGACGUGUGUGGUCAUGUGGAGGGGUAGCACACAGGCGUCUGGGCGCGUGGCUGUCAGCGCCGAGUUGAAGAUGGCGAUGAACCCUCUAGUAUGUUGUGUCGGAGCCCUCACGGAUAUUGCAGGGGGACAAGUCAUCAGGAGGUCAUCAGUACUUUCUUGGCCCUGCUUGCGCCAUUGCCUCGCUCAUGGAGUAGUGCCCGCUUGGAGAUGUCUACACUUUGUAAACCUGAGAAAUG